AUGGAUACGUAUGAAAUCGACAUCCCAGAUUUGGUUGUGGAGUUGCCAGCCGAUGGAGUAAUUACCACGAGGAAAGAGGUUGUAUCUGAAAAGAUCGAUCUGACCAAAUUGGAUGGCAAAGACGAUGAGCCUAUAAAGAAGAUUCCCAUCACAAUCAUCACUGGGUAUCUUGGAUCCGGGAAGUCUACACUCUUGGACUAUAUAGGGAAACACUCUGAUCGGAGAUUGGCGAUCAUUUUAAAUGAGUUUGGUGACUCUUCUGCCAUUGAGAAGGCUGUGACCAUCAAGGAUGCCCAGUCACAAGACUCAGUUCAAGAAUGGCUUGAUCUAGGAAAUGGAUGUCUUUGUUGCACUGUCAAGGACAACGGAGUUACUGCUAUUGAGCAGUUGGUGGAGAACUCACGGGGAAAGAUCGACUACAUUCUCUUGGAAACAACAGGGGUUGCAGACCCUGCUCCGAUUGCCAAGAUGUUUUGGCUCGACGAUGGACUUGCCUCUUCAGUUUAUAUCGAUGGGGUAGUGACGGUUGUAGAUUCUGAAAAUAUCUUAAAAUGUCUAGAUGAUGUCGGUGGACAUUGGCAUCGGGAAAAUAAACACGUUUUGGAAAGUCAAAGCACCAACGUAGAGGAUCUUACUGAAACUGAACUUGCUAAUGAACGGGAAAGAUUGGAAGAAGGAAUCUCUACUGCACAUCUCCAAAUUGCCUUGGCCGAUACUAUUCUUCUUAAUAAGGUGGAUCGAGUAGGAAAGAAGGAAGAUGGAGAUGAUCUUGCCACCAUUGAAAAGAGAAUUCGUGCUAUCAACAGCACAUGUCCAAUAUAUCCAACCAGUUUUGGUGACAUUGGACUUGAUAAGAUUCUUGAUCUUCACGCUUUUGAAGCUAGUUUGGACAAAUUCACCAACUCUGUCAACUACGCACAUGACUCAACAUACCAUGAUGGGAAUAUUGGAACUGUAACCCUUACUUUUCCCUUCUUCCAAGAUGCCUCUGGGUUUUCCAAGAUUGAACUGUUUCUUCAAUACAUUCUUUGGGAAAGUGUAGCCAAUGGGAAAAGCAUUGAGAUUCAUAGAGUCAAGGGAGUCUUGGUUCAUGAUGACGAUGUAAGAGUAGUUCAAGGUGUAAGAGAUACAUACGAAAUUAUAGAAGGGGGUACCUUGGUAGAAGGGAUAACGGAAAAUAAAUUAGUUUUCAUUGGUAAGAGCUUAAUUGAAACUGAUUUACAAACUGAAUUACUGAAAUAUAUAUAG